ACAUUUUUGUCAGACAGUAAAUAAUUAAAUAUGCUUCCACAAAAAUUUAUUUAGUGUUCGUGGAUUAAGAACAAAACCCCAGGAGGAUGGUCUAAUGUCUAAUGUGAUAGCAAUGAUCGUGAAGCUGCUGAAAAAUGAUUUUGUGGCAAGAAGAGGCUUAUAUAGUUUCUUGAUAAUCAUCGAAAAUUGGAGUUUGAUAAUAUGUAGAGUUUAAUGGCAAGUAUUGGGUGGAUCUGAUCUGGGAAAGUUUAUUUUUCUUGUGAGGUUGAAGUAUGUAUAUCUAGUCUCCCACUAACCUUGACACUGAAUCAUACAUAUGAGAACUAUUACAUUGUAAAGGUACUGGUACAGUAUUAGAUACUCUGGCUGUUGGCAUCACUAACAUGGUUAUCGUUAAAGUUUGGUAUACCAACUGCAACCAAUGCAGAAAUUUGGUGGGAUGAUACCUAAAUUGUUGGAACUGUGGGCACUACUCGAAAAUCUAUGAUUGAAUAAGUCGAGGCCGGACCAGGUGCAGGAUGAUAUUUUUGGUACUCUCUGUACCUCCCUGUGGAAAAUGAGAAUUUGUCUAUGGCGGCAAGUGUGGGAAGACAAUGUGAUGCGGAGAGCAGAGGAUAUGAAGACUUCCGAAACCUUGCAUUGUUACACGUUCUUACCGAACGAUGAGAACCUAAACUCUUGAUUUCCUCAAGUACUACAGCAGAAGCGUCGAGAAAAAUUUAACGACGAUCGUGAAGCCGCUGAAAAAUCUAAGGUAAGGAUGACGGCCUCGGCGUGGAAAACUUGAAAUACGCCGGCAUGAUAGCGGGUGAGACCUCGGCCGCCUACGAAGAGGUCGUAACCAUCUCCAUGGUUAGUUGCAGAGCUAUCGGCAUCGGCUCCUACGUGGUGCGUCUCGGUCAGAGGGUCAUCCAGAUCGAGAACUCUCACAUCAUCCUCAGGGGUUACAGUGCCUUAAAUAAACUACUCGGCAGAGAAGCGUACGCCUCCAACGAUCAGCUCGGCGGCAUCCAGAUAAUGUACAACAACGGAGUCACUCACAAAACGGAAAGCAGCGACCUGGAAGGCAUCUACACGAUACUGAAAUGGCUGUCGUACAUACCAAAGGAUAAAUUCUCGUCCGUGCCAAUAUUAAGGCCGGUCGAUCCCGUCACGAGAGAAGUCACUUUCACGCCCACCAAAACGCCGUACGACCCCAGAUGGAUACUGGCCGGCAGAGAAUCGCCAAACGAUCCGAGUAUCUGGGAGAGCGGUUUCUUCGACAGGGGCUCCUGGGCGGAGAUAAUGCAGCCGUGGGCGCAGACCGUCGUCACGGGCAGGGCCCGGCUGGAGGGCAUACCCGUGGGAGUCAUCGCCAUGGAGACCCGCACCGUCGAACUGACCCUACCCGCCGAUCCGGCCAACCUGGAUUCCGAAUCAAAGGUGAGGGCGUAA